CUCUGUCUCCUACCAUGGAUCCUCUUCAAGCAGCAGUUCUGCAACAGUUCUUCGAAUAUCCCUUCGAAAUUGACCAGACCUACCAGCAAGGCUUAGCUGGCAUUCUCGCCAACAACCCUUCCAAUACCGUCUUGCUGAAUACCCGAGUAUUUUACUUCAAUCGGCUUACGGGAAGCUCUAUCACUGUAGCUGAUGUCCUGGCAUACAAGGAACAGUCCGCUUCGGCAUCCGAGUCGGUGCCGCCUUCAAAUUCCGCUGCAAACGACUCGAAGGAGCAGCCCAAUGUCCUCACGUUUGCACAGCUCCAGGAACUUAUAGAAUCCGGGAGGCUGGACGAGAUACCUAAUAACAAGACCAUCUCCGGGGAGUUGAACAGCGCCCCUCCUAGUCAAUCUGCGGUCUCGGUUCGACGGAAACCAUGGGAGACCAGUAAUGAUUCAUCCAAUAUAAUGGAGUCCUGAAUCACGUACGUACCUCCAGAUGUCAAGUCGUAACAAUAGUGUAUAUGUCCUCAAUUCAGCCAAUAUCUGAGACGACGCCAGCUUCACAUUGAACAUAGCACAAGUUCCUGGAAACUAUAAUGUAAAGGCAUCAUCUCCACACC